AUGAGAAUCAUUCUUAGAUUUCUUCUUAUUCUCAUAAUUUCUUUGAGAAGUGUUAAUGGACAAGACAACAAUCAAGUAGACGACGAUGGAAAGAAUAAAACAACAAAUUUUGAAAUUACAUGUCAAAUCUAUAACAAAACUUACACUGGAGAAGAAUGUCUUCGAUCGCUGGAAAAGUUUGGAAAGGUUGUCAGUUACAUCGUCACUGGAUUCGUAGUGAUUGUUUUAUCGUGUUGUUGUGGAUGGUUGAUGUGUAUUUGUAAAAUAUUUCAUAACAAAAAGCAUCGUAAUAAUGGACAAAUUCUUCAAAUGAAUCAUCACAAUCCGACAGUUGCAACUGUAGCUUAA